AUGAAAACGAGCACAUUGCGCGAGGUCUUAGAAGGCUGGAACACUUCUUUAGAGAAACAGGCAGGCCAGUUUGUAUCGAUGUGCAGACAAGUCCGAGAUACCGAUCUGAAGAUCCAGAACUACUUCACACUUUUGCAAAAGCUCGAAGCCAGCAUUUCCAGCAUCCAGCAUCGUCAGAGCACAUACAAAGAAGUUCUCAUGAACAUCAAGCGCCACCAAGACCAACUUGAAGACUCUCUGACUAAAAUGGAGAAGGAGCUGGACUCGGAUCAUGCGUCGCAUCAGUCUACCGACAAGUCACAGUCUGUCCAUACCCAGAUUUCGCAGCUCUACUCCGAUGUGAAGAAGGUGGAGAAGGGCGUGCAGGAGAUCGAGGAUCGCGUGGAUCGGCUGGGAGAACACGGAGCGACAGGUCGUCAGGACAAUCUCUCCACGAUCGUGGAUGCCCACUACAACUCGCUGCGGUGGAUCGAGCGGAACGUUACAGAGAUAAACAAGCGACUGUCAGAAUUGAGAGGAUUGGAAUAA